AUGGUCAAAGCAGCGGUACUUGGAGCUUCUGGUGGCAUUGGCCAGCCACUGUCUCUCUUGUUGAAGACCUGUCCCUUGGUUGACGAGCUUGCUCUAUACGAUGUUGUAAACACUCCUGGUGUUACUGCUGAUCUCUCCCACAUCUCAUCUAUCGCUAAAAUCUCCGGCUUUCUGCCCAAGGAUGAUGGGCUGAAGCAUGCCCUUACUGGUGCUGACAUUGUUGUCAUUCCGGCCGGUAUCCCUCGCAAGCCUGGUAUGACCCGUGACGACCUCUUCAAGAUCAACGCCGGCAUAGUGCGAGACUUGGUCAAGGGCAUUGCCGAAUUCUGCCCCAAGGCCUUUGUCCUGGUUAUCUCAAACCCCGUUAAUUCUACUGUUCCUAUUGCUGCAGAGGUGCUCAAAGCUGCUGGCGUCUUUGACCCCAAGCGCCUCUUCGGUGUCACCACCCUGGAUGUCGUUCGUGCAGAGACAUUCACCCAAGAGUUCUCGGGCCAGAAGAAUCCUUCUGAUGUUAAAAUCCCAGUUGUGGGUGGCCACUCUGGCGAGACCAUUGUCCCCCUAUUCAGCAAGACUACUCCCGCGGUUCAGAUACCUGAGGAGAAGUAUGACGCACUGAUCCACCGUGUCCAAUUUGGUGGAGAUGAGGUGGUCCAAGCUAAGGAGGGCGCUGGUUCCGCAACCUUGUCUAUGGCCUAUGCCGGUUACAGGUUCGCCGAGAGUGUUAUCAAAGCUUCAAAGGGUCAAACGGGCAUUGUCGAGCCUACCUUCGUCUACCUGCCUGGAAUUCCCGGUGGUGAUGAGAUUGUCCAGGCAACUGGCGUGGAAUUCUUCUCUACUCUCGUAACCCUAGGAACCAAUGGCGCAGAGAAGGCUAGCAACGUUCUGGAGGGCGUGACCGACAAGGAAAAGAAGCUCCUCGAGGCUUGCACGAAAGGCCUUAAGGGUAAUAUCGAGAAGGGCAUCGACUUCGUCAAGAACCCACCACCAAAGUAAACGCGCCCACCCCCGUUCAUCAGCUGCAGGAUUCCCACCCACCAGUCGGUUAUUUGCCAUCUAUAUCGCACUCCUGUCUCCAUCGAAAGGACCUCGUUCUUUCGGUGACUUACUUUCCAAUUCACGAAACUGAAAGAACCCCGCUAAUCAUUGAUACCUGAGCAAGAUAGGCUUUGAAGCAUGAGAUUAUUUAAAGACGAAUGGAUGAAUGUGGAAUCGUGUCGUUUCGGUGGAAGAGGAUAGCAAAGACAGGCAGAAUGGAAACGUAAUUGUACUCCUCAUAUCUGCACGCACUUGUCUCAAUGUACUGUAGGAGCAGGGAAAGUGGCCUGUGACCCGAUUGUAGAGCAUUAGCCGAAUCGGCUACCCAGUCUAUCUGGUGCUGGGCUCGAUUUUCAGGUCGUUUUGAAGUAUUGCCUCUAGGC